GUCGUGUUUUUUUUUUACUCUCGCGGGCUUUGUUUUGAUAUGGCGGCAGGCUUCAAAACUUUUGUCUGUUAUGCUUCUACAACGCAGGCUAUUACUUCAGUAACACCGAUUAUUCUCCGGCGUUACAGGAUUAGCGAGCCCUGCCUGAGACAAGUGCGGUCAUCAUGUCAUCUCCAGCCGGGCUUCAGUACUCCCAGGCAGAGUUCUUGGCCCGGUGGAUGCCAAGUAGCAGCAGAGCCGGAGUCAUCCUCAACCCCAGUCCGGAGUUGGCCGGGUCCUUGCGGCAUAUCUCUGCAGUGAGAUCGCCGCUGCCGCCCCCGCCUUCGGGGCCAGACGACUCCUUCGCCUCCAACUUCGCCCCUCUGCCCGCGUCCGCGGACAGCAGUUGUCUCGAUGUGGAUGGAUUUACACGGUCGCCAGCAGGAGAGAGGGCUGGGAAUGACAGGCCAGUGAACGGUCUCUACUCUGUCCCUACGAGAAAUUCACAUGGACACUUUGACAGUUUUGAUGAAAUGGACAAAUCACAGGAGCUGCCUGUGAUGAUGAAGCUAGAACAGUUGAGGAAAUGGCAGCAACACAUGCAGGAGCAACUAAAGGCCCAUCAGUUGGAGGAGCUGCUUCGCCUCCAGGAAGAACAGCAGAGGCUGCUGGGAAUGAUGAAUGGGUCCCAGCACUGCACAGGAGGGCCGUCAGGAGCAGAAUGGGAGGAGAGCUCACUCCAUGGAGUCUCUCAAGAGAGAGAGAGUCCAUACAGCCCCAACUUAAUCUACCAUGGGAACCCACAGGGCUCUACCUGUGGCCCUCAACAGGAACAGCAGCUCUCUCGGGCAGGGAGACCAGAGCAGCUACCAAGGGGUCAAAAUCAUGAAGAGAUGGAGGACAAGGCAGAGGGUACAUGGGACUCCACAGAUGAUGACCAGGAACAGAGCAAUGCUACAAGCCAUUUUCAGGAGCAUGAUGACACAUUAAUACCAUGUAAUGGUGUGGCUUCAACUGAGGACCAUGGUAAAAAAGAAGAUAAAAUCUCACAGGACAGACCUAUUAAGCCAGGCAUUGGAGGACACAAGCAGACAUUUGAGGAGUUGUUGGAGGAACAACUGAGGCUGGAGGAGCAGAAGCUGAAGUCUAUGCAGCAACAACAGAACCAAGGUGGAGCUGAAGGUGUCCAAGCCCCUCCCAAGAGGGCCUUCCUGAAGCGAGGCGAGGGGCUUUCUAGAUUUACCAACAAUCGCAAAACAUCUUUACCAAAAAAGGAGAUUAAGAAGGACUCCAAACCACAACCCCAGGCCAGAGUAAUCUCCCGCAGCAACUCUGAGCCUGCAGCUAUCCAGAAAAGUGGUUCAAAUGGCCUCCAGCGACUUCCUGUCCAGCGUAAAACUGCCAUACUCAAUAAGGAGAACCGACAGAGAUGUCUCAAUUCGCCAUCUCAGGACAUCAGAUCUGAAAGUAAGACAGCAUGGACAAAGGUUUUGGGUAGUCAUCAAAGGCAAAACGCUGAAGGACCAGAGUCUAUUCAGACUGACCCAGAGGGCAGACAAACAAAACAUUGUCAACUGAGGCAAGUACAGGAACAGAAUUACAGGACAGUGGGUUUGUCUGCUCAGACUGUGAGGAAGCCUGGGCCUCCCAACAUGCAGCCAAACCCUGUAACCAAACAGGUGGGCUUGUUGGGAGUGCCAAUGAAGGCUGAAAAUUACACAGCUAAAGAGAAAAGUUGUGAUUCACAAAUGGAAUCAGCAGAGGGAAGAACGGGGUCAGAAGGAAGAGGAGAAGCAGACGGAGUUCCUCUGGACUCGUUUGAGUUGUCGUUCCAGGAGAAGCUCCAGCGUUGGGAUUGUGACCGGCAGUUGGAAAGCAUGGAGCUGGGAGAGUUUGAGCUACUGGAGCAGGCAGCUGAGGAGCUGUCCUUCUCGUCCAACUCUUCCUUUGUCAUGAAGGUUCUCCACAUGGACCAGCAUCACCGGCAGCUGCAGGCCGCUCAGGGGUUCCACCACCGACGGCUCUCCUCCACCCCCAUCAAGUCGCCUUCCAGAGUUGCACUUCAGAGCAGUGGUGAUUUGACGUGUAAAAGCAAUUCUGUGACCUCUGAAGCAUUUGUGGUGAAGAUUAGGGACAAUACACUCAAGAACAAAGUGAGCAUGGAGGAUAAAGGACAGGACAGUGGAGGAGAAGAGAAACACACAAACUCUGAUCUUUCAUCCUGUGGUGGCUCUGAAUUUGAUGACCAGGAAGUGGUGGUCAAACCACCUUUGAUUCCCAGCACCCUUUGCUUUCCUGCACAGUCUAACCCGCCAUAUGAUAAGCGGUCAUAUCAGGACGAGGACAGUUGUAGAGAUUUGGCUUCAGAUGUGACAGAGGAUGGUGAUGGGGAGAGCAACAGCAUCCUCAGCAACACUGAUGACUCCACUCUGAUAGACGGCAAAGAUGGCCAGCAGGGUAGAGUUGUGUUUGAUGACGACGACACAUGGAAUGACCUGGAGGAAACUCCAGUUCACCCAUCCAAUAACAAUAGAGGAGUCAGUCCUGUUGCCGAGGCAACAAACAAUGGCGUCUCACCACCGGAGCAGACUUUGUUGAGGAAGCGGGCAGUGAGCAAAGUUGUGGAGCUGCAUAAGGGCACAGUCGUUGGUUCAGCCAGUCUAGAGCAAGAUCCUCCCCGUCCUCCUGCCUCGCUGCUCAUGACAAGGUUAUUCCCUGCGCUGAAGCCAAGGGCCCAAAAUACACCUCUCCCUCCUCCUGCCACUUCUGUUGCUCCUGAGUCCAAAAAACCAGAGGAAGAGACAGGCCAGCAGGUCCAAUCUAGACAGCUGAGGGAGAGAUUGGUUGAGCUGGAAAUGGAGAUCGAGAGAUUUAAGAAGGAGAACGCUGCCCUCACCAAACUCAGACAGCAGAACGAGAAAAAUCAGGAAAACCUCAGAAAAGAGUGUAUGGAGUUUGAGCAGAGGAAAGCAGAGGAGCUGGCCAAAUUUGAGGAGUACAAAAGAGAGGAAAACAAGAAGCUGCAGAAGGAACGCAAACUGUUUGAAAAGCAUGUGUCAGCCGCCAGAGCUAUUCCUGACAAGAAGGAACGAGAGGAAAUCCAGGUGUUGAGGCAGCAAUUGAGCUCCCUACAGGAGGAGGUGAGGAGGAAGGAGAGUCGCUGGGCCUCCACACACAGCCGGCUGCGGCAGCAGAUCGACUCUCUCAACCAGGAGAACAGUUCCCUCCGGGAGGAGGUUCGUAUGUUGGAGAAGCUCCGCCUCAGUGCCUGGAAGAAAAACCCUGUCAGUGCAGAGAAGGACAAAGAAACAAAAGACACUCCCAGAAUAUUUGAAAACAAUGUUUCCUCUGUGACCAAAGGAGUGAAAUUUGCUAGUCCUCUUGACUCUAGAGGAAACAGCAGUGGGCCUCCACAGAGCAGCAGCACUGCAGCAGUUAGUCGAAGGAGCUCCAUGGACAGUGGUCAGAGUUCUACAGGAAUGAAGAGCAGCUUGAGAAGGCCAGCAAGGCCAGGCAUCUCUUCCCAUCCUCCGUCCUCCUCUUCCUCAUUACCUGGCAGGAGGACAGAGGAGAGGUCAACACCUGCAAGCAAGAGCCAGGAACAACCGUCAAACCAAGAACAAUCAAACAGCUGCUCUCCGAAAAGAGAUUCUCUGCCAAAAGAACCAGAGUGCGGUGAGGCUGAAGAGGCAGAAUCAGCUCAGGAGGUGAUCACACACCCAGAUGGGAAGAUAGAGAAGGUUCUGGCAGGUGGUGAUCGUGUUAUUGUCUUCCCCAAUGGGACCAGAAAGGAGGUUUCAGCAGAUGGACUGACAGUCAAGGUCACCUUCUUCAACGGAGACACUAAACAGAUCAUGGCAGACCAGAGAGUGAUCUACUAUUACUCUGACGCCCAGACUACACAUAUCACCUACCCAGAUGGCAUGGAGGUCCUGCACUUCCCUAACAACCAGACAGAAAAGCAUUUCCCAGACGGCCGUAAAGAAAUCACCUUCCCAGACCAGACAGUCAAGAACCUGUUCCCAAAUGGCAGAGAGGAGAGCGUGCUGACAGAUGGAACCAUCAUACAGGUCAACCCGGAUGGCACCAAGGAGAUCCAUUUCAACACAGGCCAGAAGGAGAUCCACACAGCCGACUACAAGAGGAGGGAGUAUCCAGACGGCACAGUGAAGACUGUCUACACUGAUGGCAGGCAGGAAACCCACUACCCCACCGGACGGCUCAGGGUCAAAGACAAAGAUGGCAACAUCAUCCUGGACAACAGGGCGUAGAAACUCUGCGUUGAAAGCAAACUCUAGUCCCAAGGCUCAUUUUGGUGCAGCUAUAACUUCCAAAGGCAAACUGCAGCAAGUCUCCAACAAAUCAGACUUAUCACUGGUCGUCCUCAUUCACCUCUCCUCAGGGAGGUCAGAGGUCAGCUGUUUGGGGAGGCUUUUCUCUGUUUCAGCUUACUGCAUAAAAGAAAAGCUGCCAGCUGGAGUAACAUCCAGACAUGAGAGUGGUAUCAAUCUUCUCAUUGAACUUUUGGCAAGAAAGCAAGUAAGUGUAUUUCCAGAAAUAUCCCCCAAAAUUUCCUUUAAUACUUUAACAUGCUGCCAAAAGAGGCAAAGCUACAGGUGAAUAGUCCACAGAAAAUGAAUUUGAGGAAGUCAUAAGAGAAAUAUUUGAAAUUAUUUUUAAAAUGUCAUUUUAAAGUGAGAAAAGUGAGCCUUCCUCUUGUUUUAUGGCAACACACACAGGUUUGAUGCUCAUAUACACCACUGUCCUAUUUCCAAAAGUCAAUACUCCAGAGAAGCAGCAAGUGUUUUUAUUUUCUCAAAAAUGGCACGUUCAUCUCUCAAUGGCAAUCUCAGCUGACCUACUGUCACUGUCUGCAUGUAGCAUCCAGUGUGUGUUGAUUGUAUCAGGAUAUUUUUGGCUCACAACUCCACUGACAUUCUUGUAAAUCUGAAUAUUUUAACAGCAACUCAGGCUGAGAAAUGCUUUCAUCAACUCAUUGUUUACAUUUAGUAGGAUUCAGAAUAAUUAAGUGCUGUAUGGAAACAAAAUGUUGCCUGUGUAGCAGAUUGAAACAGAACAGUUUUAGUGUGCUGUGUGAAGUGUUUGUUUGCAAUUAUUUUAAUUUGUAAAAAUGUUAAAUAUGUAUUUAAUUUCUUAGCUGACUAUAUAUUUUUUUGUAAAAUAAAUUUUACCCUCUUUGCUUUGUUAA